AUGGUGGAUGACCCCAGUGCUGCCGACAGGAACAUGGAGAUCUGGAAGAUGAAGAAGCUCAGUAAAAGCCUGGAGGUGGCCCGCGGCAAUGGCACCAGCAUGAUAUCACUGAUUAUUCCUCCUAAAGACCAGAUUUCACGAGUGUCAAAAAUGUUAGCAGAUGAGUUUGGAUCUGCAUCUAACAUUAAGUCACAAGUAAACUGCCUUUCAGUCCUGGGAGCCAUUACAUCUGUACAACAAAGACUCAGACUUUAUAACAAAGUACCUCCAAAUGGUCUGGUUGUUUACUGUGGAACAAUAGUAACAGAAGGAGGAAAGGAAAAGAAAGUUAACGUUGAUUUUGAACCUUUCAAACCAAUUAAUACGUCAUACUAUUUGUGUGACAACAAAUUCCAUACAGAGGCUCUUACAGCACUACUUUCAGAUGACAGGAAGUUUGGAUUCAUUGUAAUAGAUGGUAGUGGUGCACUUUUUGGCACACUCCAAGGAAACACAAAAGAAGUCCUGCAAAAAUUCACUGUGGAUCUCCCAAAGAAACAUGGUAGAGGAGGUCAGUCAGCCUUGUGUUUUGCCCGUUUAAGAAUGGAAAAGCGAUCUACCAAUGUUCAGAAAGUAGCAGAGAACGCUGUGCAGCUGUUUAUUUCUGGGGACGAAGGGAAGAUUGCUAGUCUAGUUUUAGCUGGAUCCACUGACUUUAAAACUGAACUAAAUCACUAUGAUACGUUUGAUCAGAGGUUACAAUCGAAAGUUUUAAAAUUAGUUGAUAGGCCUGGCGCAGUGGCUCACGACUACAUUGAUGAAAUCAGCCAGGACACAGGCAGGUACUGUUUUGGCGUUGAAGAUACACUAAAGGCUUUGGAAAUGGGAGCUGCAGAAAUUUUAAUAGCCUAUGAAAAUCUGAAUAUAAUGGGAUACGUUCUUCAUUGCCAAGGCACAGAAGAGGAGAAAAUUCUCUGUCUAACUCCAGAGCAAGAAAAGGAUAAAUCUCAUUUCACAGACAAAGAGACCGGACGGGAACAUGAGCUUAUCGAGAGCAUGCCCCUGUUGGAAUGGUUUGCUAACAACUAUAAAAAAGUUGGAGUUACGUUGGAAAUUGUCACAUAUAAAUCACAAGAAGAGUCUCAGUUUGUGAAAGGAUUUGGUGGAAUUGGAGGUUUCUUGCGGUACCAAGUAGAUUUCCAAAGAAUGGAAUACCAAGAAGGAGGCGAUGAAGUUUUUUACCUUGAUGACUACUAA